AUGGCCCACACACUGCCGGUUAGGACACGACAACAUGGCAUCCGCCCAGCUGUUGACCCCAUGUAUGUUUUGCAUGGUCCUGAAGAGCAAUUAGACCGCAAGCAAUCAGUCGAAGAGGAUGAUGAGCUGUUGAUCGGCGAGCCUGCCAGAUCGGAAACCUGGCCGGGGCCGGAUGUGAUAUCGAUAGCCGCCAUGAAAGGGCGUGGCAUCCCAGACCUCGGACGUGGACCUGGUUACUCCCCUGCCUUGACCGCGGAACAUUCACUCGUCACAGAUUUGGGACUUCGAGGCCGCGACAUAGCAGCCGAGACCGACACUGCACAAGUCGACUCAGUAUCGAAAUCCAUCUUCAUUUCGCAGAAUACUAAACUUUCAGAUCGUCUUGUAACUGCUCUCCAGAAGAUUCCAGGCCACAGUGAGAAGCAUGGGUAUUAUCCAGAGAAGACAUUCAACAGUCUGAUCAACGAGGAAUGCGUCAAGAGAGAACUCGAGCAGUGUUUUCGGGGUGUUCUUGCCCCCGCAAGACUCCACCUGUACACCGGAAUGAUAUGCGGUCGGGAUGACUCAAAAGCCGCCAAGUAUCUCUUAUCGUUCAAGAAGAUAUUCGCCAUCUUGAGAUUGAGUGGAAAGCUCAGCUCUAUUCUACUUUUUAUUGAUGAGGGUGUUGCAGAUCAACACUUACCAUUAGAGAAGGUGGUCCCACCCCUCGCACAUCCAAACAUGUAUCAGCUCGUACGGAAGGGAGAUGCUGGUGCAGUCUAUCGACCCUUGGCCUGCUUCCAGGACUGGGACCAAUUGGAGUUGAUGCGAUUCGAGGAGUGGCAGUGGACGACAUUGCCCCCGUUUUUCUACAAAACGAAGCGCACACGGGUUGGACAUUUCGUAUUACCCGACCAGGUUCCACUUCCUUUCACAUCCGACAGCCGAUAUGACAAGACCGGCGGAGAGAAAUACGAAGUUGAGAGCGGGUUCAGCCGUGUGUUUAAAGUGGACAUACAUCCUGAGCAACAUGGGUUCCACGGCCCCAAGUUCUCGUGCCGGUACUUUGCAGUCAAGUGUUUGCAUUCACCGAGCAGAGAAAGGUUUGACAGCGAAGUAAAUGUUCUCCGGAAGUUCAAUGAUGCAACACAUCCACAUCUGACCUCAUUACUGGCCACAUACGAACAGUUCAACAAGUUCUAUCUCAUUUUCCCUCAUGCAGAGGCCAACCUGGAAGAGUACUGGAGGGACCGAAACCCACAGCCUGAAAUGCGGAUCUCGACCAUUAGGUGGAUGGCGGAUCAAUGUCGCGGCCUAGCCAAUGGUUUGACCCAAAUUCAUCGAUGGAAUUCACCUCCCCACUCUGGGCAUGAACGGAGACCCCGGAGCCUCACAGUGCCGGAGGCAACCUCUCACGGUAGCGAGCUAAUAGGACACCAUGGAGAUAUCAAACCGCAGAAUCUGCUUUGGUUUCAAAACCCUGAUGGGGGCCCCGAUGAAGGGGUACUCAAAAUCACAGAUUUUGGCCAAACCGAGUUCAAAGCUGGUCGCACGACUUUCAAUAAAUCCGGAAGACUGGCACCUGUCUCCCCAAGCUUUCGGCCUCCUGAGUAUGACAUAAAAGGAGGUAAUGGCCGUUCUCAUGAUAUCUGGGCUUUGGGGUGCGUGUAUCUGGACUUCAUUGCCUGGAUACUCGGAGGCUGGGAGUUGAUUCAGGAGUUUACAAGUGCAAGACAAUCACGAGACUCGGGUUGGCAUAACAUGGAAACAGAUGUCUACUUCGAUAUAACGAAUGAAGCUCAAAGGAAAGUAGCCACUAUCAAGCCGGCUGUCACCAGGUUCAUUGCCAAGUUUCAUGAUCACCCGAACUGUACCGAGUAUCUGCACCAAUUUCUGAACCUCAUUCAAUUCGACAUGUUGCAUGUCAUACCGCACGACCCCAUAUUGAAGGAGAGCCGGGUGGACGUCCACGAUCUUAAUCCCAAGCUAGCUGAACUCUGCAGAAAAUGCCAGGACGAAGAAUAUGCUUUAACUCCGGCAAGCUGGGCUAAGGAUCCUAGUAAGACGCUUCUGAAAAGUUAUGCCGACGCUGCCAGGUCAUGA